CAAGGCAGACUGCUUUACAUUAAAAGCUUCUCAAGAUCUCAAACCCUUCACUCGAAGAGGGAUCCUUUCCACCGUCAAUAGUUUAUAUGAUCCUCUCGGGUUUGUCUGUCCAGUCACUAUGCAAGGCAAAGCUCUAGUGAGAGAACUUUCAACUAUACAACAGGAUUGGGACACCGUUCUUCCGGCAGACAAAAGAGAUUCGUGGAAGGUAUGGACUUCAUCUCUAGCAGAGCUUGAUCGAUUGCAAAUACCACGAUCUUAUGUCCCAACCUCACUGUGUGGAGCUCAGGUUCGAGAGUUGUGUAUCUUCUCGGAUGCUUCUAUUUUAGCUAUCGCUGCAGUAGCGUACCUACGAGUAAUAGAUUCAGACGGACAGCUUCAUGUGGGGUUUGUAAUGGGAAAAUCCAAGUUGGCCCCUUUUCCAGCACAUACUGUUCCACGCCUGGAGUUAUGUGCAGCGGUGCUUGCUGUUGAGCUGAUGGAACUUAUAAAGGAAGAAAUUGACAUAGAGUUCCACAAUAUCCAGUUCUAUACUGACAGUCGCAUAGUGCUCGGCUACAUUCACAAUGUAACACGCAGAUUCUACAUGUACGUGGCUAACAGAGUUGCACGCAUAAGAAAAUCCACAGAACCUAGUCAAUGGCAUUACGUCUGUUCUGAACAGAACCCAGCAGAUCAUGCCACCAGGUUUGUGGCAGCAGCCCACUUACCCCUUACCAACUGGUUCUCAGGUCCAGAGUUCCUUAGGGAAUGUGACCCUAUAGGAUGUAGUUUAGGAGAGUCAUAUGGACUUGUCAAAGCAGAAGAGGAUGUUGAAAUUCGCCCCCAAGUGAACACGCUGGCAACUAAUGUCAAAGAGGACUUACUAGGCUCAAGCAGAUUUGAACGUUUCUCAAGCUGGAGAUCCUUGGUGAGAGCUGUCGCUACUCUGACGCACAUCGCAAAUUCAUUCUCACAAUCUUUUCCUGACACACUCUGUCGAAAAUGGCAUCUGUGUACUAAAACCUCAGGUGUGGAGAUAUCACAAGCCAAGGCGACUAUAGUCAAAACCGUACAACGAGAAGUGUAUCAGGAAGAAUUUGAGAGUUUGACUAAGUUUGGUAAAGUCUCACAGCGUAGCACACUCCUGAGGCUUGACCCCUUUGUGGACAAUGAGGGUCUGUUAAGAGUUGGGGGUCGCAUUCACUGUGCUGACAUCUCUGAUCUAGAGAAGCAUCCCUUGAUAAUCCCUCCCAACCAUCACGUGACUGGUCUUUUAAUUCAGCAUUAUCAUGAUCAAGUGGCUCACCAAGGCCGGCAUUUUACUGAGGGUGCUAUACGUAGUGCUGGAUUGUGGAUAGUUAGUGGCAAAAGAUCUGUUUCAAAUAUCAUCCACAAAUGUGUGCUGUGCAAGAAACUGAGAGGUAAAAUGGAGAGUCAGAAGAUGUCGGCUUUGCCCUCAGAUAGAGUUUCUGUAGAUCCACCUUUCACACACACAGGUCUUGAUGUUUUUGGACCAUUCACUGUGGUGACACGUAAGACAAGAGGGCAUAACGCUGAGAACAAGCGAUGGGCUGUCAUAUUCAGUUGCUUAAAUACCAGAGCAGUUCACUUAGAGGUUGUGGAGUCUCUAUCAGCGUCAAGCUUUAUUUGUGCUUUGCGUCGCUUCUUGGCUGUCAGAGGACCAGUGAAGCACUUUUGUUCUGACAGGGGGACAAAUUUCAUUGGAGCAGUUAAGGAACUCCAAAUUGACAGUAGCGACUCAGAGUUGAAAGGCUUCUUGCAGAAUCAAGGUUGCACGUGGACCUUUAAUGCUCCACAUUCCUCCCAUAUGGGAGGAGUGUGGGAAAGAAUGAUCGGGAUUGCCAGACGUAUUUUGGAGGCUCUCUUGAUGAAAAUUCCCACAAGACUCACGCAUGAGGUCUUAACAACUUUAAUGGCAGAAGUCAUGGCCAUCAUGAAUUCCAGACCCUUAAUCCCAAUUUCAUCAGAUACGGGCAUGCCCCAAGUGCUUUCACCAGCAAUGCUCUUAACUCAGAAGGCGAGUGUUGCUCCAGCUCCUCCAGGAAAUUUUGAGAUAGGGCACCUGCACAAAAAUCAGUGGCGUCAAGUCCAGAUGUUGGCUGAUUCAUUCUGGAAGCGAUGGAAGCAGGAGUACUUGUCUACCUUGCAACCCAGGAGAAAAUGGACAGAGUAGAGAGAGAGUAUUCAGGAAGGAGACAUUGUUCUGUUGAAGGAUGGGGAAGCUAAGCGCAGUGAGUGGCCAAUUGGUCUCAUAGCAAAGACUAUAGCCUCAUCUGAUGGAAAAAUUCGUAAGGUUAUGGUGAAGACUGCUAAGCAGGUAUAGAGAGUACUUAAGACCUAUAUGUGAUGUUGUCUUACUUUUGUCAAAUAAUCGGAAUGCAUAGUCGUAUAACACAAGUUAUACCA